AUGAAACGGCAAGUGUCUCGUGGUGAUUUGCAUAAAUUAUCUGAUUCGACAGUAUGUUAUUUCCCUGUCAGCCGUCAAGAUGAAGGAAUCAAGGACCGCCAACUUGGUGUUAUUUUUAAAGAAUUGCGUGUCGUUGGUGCACGUUCCCGUACUUCGCUCCAGCCCACUGUCGGCUCACCUUUCUAUCCUUCAACGUUUCUGCGUAAGAUAAGGGAAAUUCGACACCCCUCCAUCAGAGACAUCUUAUCCGGGUUCGAGGGCGUGGUCACUCCUGGCGAAAUGCUUUUGGUUCUUGGCCGUCCCGGCUCCGGGUGUUCGACCUUUCUCAAGACAAUCGCUAACCAAUGUGGGGAGUAUCAUGCUGUCGAGGGUCAAGUUUUCUAUGAUGCAUUCACCCCAAAGGAGAUUCAUGACUCCUUUCGUGGCGAUGUCACUUACUGCCCGGAAGAUGAUACCCACUUCCCGACCCUGACUGUCAACCAAACGCUCUCUUUCGCUGUUAGCAAUCGUACUCCCGCAACAUGUCUUCUCGGCCAGACGCGCAAAGAUCAUGUCGAGGAUACUACCACGAUGCUAAUGAAAGUCCUUGGCCUCUACGGCUCGAAAAACACUUUGGUCGGUAAUGCUCAGAUUCAAGGUAUUUCUGGUGGCGAGAGAAAGCGAGUUUCUAUCGCAGAAAUAUUAGGCUCUGUAAGCCCGCUUGGUACAUGGGACAAUUCCACUCGUGGACUAGACUCCUCGACUGCCCUUGAUUUUGUUCGCACGUUGCGUUUCAUCACAGAUGUCAGACGCACAACGACAAUUCUCUCUCUCUACCAGGCAGGCGAGCAAAUAUAUGAAUUGUUUGACAAGGUCUGUAUUAUUGAUGAAGGAAAGAUGGCCUAUUUCGGUUCGGCAAAGUCGGCCAAAGGUUAUUUCAUCGAUAUGGGUUUCGAACCACAAAACAGGCAGACCACCCCCGAUUUUCUGGUUGCAGUCACGGACGCAAACGGGAGGCAAAUUCGUCCUGGAUAUGAGAACACUGUCCCGCGGACAUCAGCGGAGCUUGCUAGCCGUUUCAUGGCUUCCGACCUCGGACAUCAGAAUCGGAAAGCGAUCGAACAGCGCCGAGAGCAAUGUGUUGGUAAUCACGAACACAAGCAAGCCUAUCUUUCUAGCGUGACCACUGAAGGUGCCACCACAACUUCUGCGUAUAUUACUUCUAUUCCCUAUCAAAUCAAAACGGUCAUGAAGCGCCACCUGCAAGUUAUUAUUGGUAAUAAGUUCCAGCUCUUCGUUCAACUGACCUCCCAGGUCUUCCAAGCGAUAUUUACGGGCACCGUCUUCCUGAACGUACCAAACGACACCUCCGCCUAUUUUUCUCGUGGAAGUAUCCUGUUCUUCUCCCUGUUAUUUAGUGCCAUUACAGCGGUUGCGGAAGUCCCUGCACUUUUUCUACAGCGUCCUAUCGUGCUUCGUCACCAGAAAGCUGCGUUACAUUACCCUUUUAUUCAGAGCCUGGCGCAUACUAUCGUUGAUAUUCCGAUCACUUUGGUCAUUCAACUAGUUUUCGCUGUAAUUGUUUACCUCCUGGUUGGGUUGCAACGUUCUGCCGCACAAUUUUUCAUUUUUUACUUUUUCAUCUUCUUAACAUCGCAAACCAUGAAGUCAUUGUUCAGAGCUAUUGCUGCAAGUUCCAAAACUCGUCUGAGUGCAAUAGCUGUUAGCGGUGUCUUCGUUCUUUUGAUAUCGCUCUCUGGCGGGUACACAAUUCCUUGGCCAACUGCUCCAAAGGGCAUACGGUGGAUCAUGUGGUUGAACCCAGUGUGGUGGGGUUUUGGUUCACUUCUUGUCAACGAGUUCCACACGCUCCACGGAGUUUGCUCCACUCUUGUUCCUCAGGGUUCUGGCUAUGAGAACAUUUCACUUGUAAAUCAGGUUUGUACAACAGUCGGAUCGCAGCCCGGGAAUCUUCUCGUUGAUGGCAACAUCUAUGUUGGAUUGACGUUUAACUUUUGGUAUGGUCAUCUCUGGAGGAAUUUCGGUGUCAUUUGUGCUUUCUACCUUGGGUUCUUGGCAAUUCUUCUGGUUGCCACAGAAUACAAUACUUCCUCCGAUUUCGACGGCGCUGUCGUUCUCUUCAAGCAUGGCUCUGAUGCUAUUGAUGGAAAUGCCAAAGCACUUCACGAGGAAGAAGGAGAUAUAGAGUUUCGCUCUGGAUAUCAGCCCAAGGCGGCUGAUCCCUUGACUUUCGACAGUCCCGACGGGAACAUCGUGGUUCCGAAUUACUUCACGUGGCAUCACCUGCAGUGUGAAGUCCCUAUUGAGGGAGGUAUGAAACGCCUUCUUGAUGAUGUCACAGGCUUUGUUGCCCCUGGGAAACUUACUGCUUUGAUGGGUGGAUCUGGUGUUGGAAAGACCACACUUUUAAACGUUCUUGCACAACGCAUUGGUGCUGGUGUGGUGAGUGGUGACCGGUUUGUUAACGGAGAGCCGCUCCCCAUAGACUUCGAAGCUCAGAUGCAAGUUGGUUACUGCCAACAACUCGAUACUCACCUUCCCAAUGCAACUGUUCGUGAAGCGCUCCUUUUCUCUGCUAAUCUUCGCCAGCCACAAUCAGUCCCUCAUGCUGAGAAGGAGGCAUACGUCGGCAAGUGCCUUCAGAUGUGUGGCCUUGAGGCGUACGCCGAUGCUAUUGUUGGCUCUCUUGGGGUUGAGCAUCGGAAACGCACUACUAUCGCAGUGGAACUCGCUGCUAAGCCCAAACUGCUACUCUUCUUGGAUGAGCCCACGUCUGGUCUUGACUCGCAAUCUGCCUGGGCUAUCGUGCAGUUCCUUCGUGAACUCGCUGGUCAUGGCCAGGCCAUUCUCUGCACGAUCCAUCAACCUUCAGCGGAGCUCUUCCAGGUCUUCGACAGAUUGUUGCUCCUUUACAAGGGUGGACGAACCGUCUACUUUGGCGACAUUGGCGAGAACUCGUCAGUCAUGCUGAACUACUUUGAGUCUAAUGGUGCUCCACGCGGUGGCCCUGACGCCAACCCGGCGGAAUAUAUGCUCGAUGUGAUAGGUGCUGGAGCAACUGUCUCCACUACUGAUUGGUGCGAUGUCUGGAAACGCUCAUCAGAAGCGGUACAGCUCCAAGUUCAGAUCGAGAGGAUGCAUGAACAUGGCCGUACUCGCCCACGACAGCUUAGCGUCCGGAAAUCUGUCUUUGCCACCUCAUGGUGGCACCAGUUCGUUGCCCUCACACAACGGAACUUCCGAGCAUACUGGCGCACUCCUACCUACAUCCGCGCCAAGUUUCUGCUUAACAUUGCUGGUGGUCUUCUUAUGGGCUUUACAUUCUUCCAGGCAAAUGACUCUUUACAGGGUACCCAAAACAAGUUGUUCUCGAUCUUCAUGGGUCUUGUGCUUUGUGUUUCCCUCGGCCAUCAGCUCAUGGCCGUCUACAUUGACAUCCGCAUCGUGUACGAAAUCCGUGAACGUUCCAGUAGAAUGUAUCACUGGACUGCUCUCGUCAUGUCACAGCUUGUUGUUGAACUUCCUUGGAACAUUACAAGUGCGGCGAUGUUCUUUUUCUGCUGGUACUGGACCGUUGGAUACCCCACAGAACGAGCAGGCUACACGUUCCUCAUGAUCUCUGUCGCCUUUCCGUUGUACUAUACCACGCUUGGACAUGCCAUCGCGUCGAUGGCGCCAACCGCUCCGAUUGCAUCUCUGUACCUCGUAACUCUUUUUAUAUUCCUUCUAAUUUUUGAUGGCGUAAUGCAGCCAUUCAUCGAGCUUAACUGGUGGAAAUGGACGUACAGGGUCUCUCCUUUCGCAUAUAUCAUCGAGGGUCUACUUGGUCAAGCUAUUGGCGGGGAAGCUAUUACCUGCUCUUACACAGAACUAGUCCGUGUCAACCCCCCGGAUGAAUUAACGUGCGGCAAGUACAUGGGGCCCUUCAUGGAAUUAGCGGGCGGCUACCUCACGAACCCCGAAGCUGCAGAAGGCUGUCAGUACUGUCCAUACAAGACUGCUGACCAGUACAUGUACUCGAGGUUCAACAUCAAAGACAGUGAUCAUUGGCGCAACCUGGGCAUCGUCUUCGGAUUCGUCACAUUCAAUAUUAUUGCUGUUUUCUGGUUCACAUAUUUUAUGCGCAUUCGAACUGUCGGCGUGUUUACUUCUCUUAGACAAAAGUUAACUCGCGGCACGUAG